UUGUUUUUUAUCAAGUUUUUUCUUUUUCUUAUUUUUCCCAAAUGAAUUUAUCUUUGUUUUUUUUGUUUAUUUUAUAAAAAUUAUUGUGGCCUAAUUCAACGAUUUAUCGAUCGUAUGCAUGCUAGUCGCGCUUUUUUACACUGAAAAAACAAAAUUCAAAAGAAAAUGAAUCAAACUUCAAAACCACAGAUUGUUCCACGAACAUCAUUGUUGAAGAAGAAAAAUUCGUUGGAAAAUUCUCUCGAAUCAACGAAUAAUAAUAAUAUCAUCAGUGAUAAUAAUAAAAUAAUGAUUAAGCCGGCAUUGCCGGCAAAACCAGUGAUUACAACGCCAUCAAAAAAGCCUUCCUCAUCGUCAAAUCAACAACGACAAAUUCCAAAUGAUUCUUCAACGAUAGAUGGUUCAACAACAACGACGAAUCAUGUCAUCAAUAAUAAUCUACCGGAUAAGACAAAAUUGAAAACAAAAGUCGAAGAUAUUGCUCAAACAUCAUCAUCAUCACUGCCAUCAAUGGGAACGAAAACUGCAUGGAAAAAAUCGAAUCGAAUAAAAUUUCGUUUGACCAAUGUUGAUUUGAAUCGUUUAAGAUUACGAAAAGAUUUUGAUGAUAAAAAUAUUGAUUCCAGUGGAAACUCAAAUAAUUUAAUCUAUGAUAUUCGUGAAGAUGAUGAACAGAUUAGAAAAAUGAAUGAAAUAUGUGAAUUAUUGGUUGCUGGUGGUUAUUUUCGUGCACGUAUAAAAGGUUUACAUAAUUUUGAUAAGAUUAUCGGUGGAAUGUGUUGGGCAAUUCAAAUGUGCAAUAUCGAUUUAGAUAUCGAUAUAUUUUAUCAGGAAAAUCUUUCGAUUGGCCAAAAAAUUGCAUUGACUGAAAAAAUUGUAAACGUUUUACAAAAAAUGAAAUGUCCAUUCAAAUUGGAACCACAUCAAAUACAAGGAAUGGAUUGUAUACAUAUUUAUCCGGCAAUUCAAUGGCUUGUGAAAAAAUCAUUAGAAACAAGACAACAAAUGGCCGAUUAUGUUCGUUCAUAUUCUAGUUGGCAAUUUGAUCGUACAUUUAAUCAUCAUAUCGAUGAUCAAUGUUCAUCAUCAUCAUUAGCUGUGAUAAUCAAUAAUAAUAAUGAAAAUGAUGAAUUGAUUGAUCCAAUCAAACAUAAUCUACAAAGACGUUUUCUACAUCCAAAUCGUAAUAAACUAAAAGAUGAAUUGAUUCGUAUUAAAACUACAUUAUUAGAAUAUGGUAUUACCAGUAUGGAUGAACAAAUUUUAUCAGAUCUUCCCAAUGAUACUGCUGAUGAUGAUAAUGAUCACACUGAUAAGACAACAAAAUCCGAAUCUAAUGAAAAUAAAAAUCUACUAGAAUCAAUGACCAAAACAAAUGAUAAAAAUCGACAAAUUGGUAAUUCAACAAAAAUAUCAUCAUCCAUUGUUGUUAAAAUAGUUGGUGAACAAUCGAAUGAAAUUAAACGUUUAGCUGAAGAUUAUGAUCGAAAGAAAACAUUAAUCAGUACGAAAGAUGCGGAAUUUAUUCGUGAAGAAUCUAAACUUAAAAUGGAUAUUUCUUUAAGGAAAAAAGAACUUCAACGUUUAUUGGAAAAUAGAAAUGAUGAAAAAUUAUCCACUUUAAAGGAAAAAUUAAAAAAAUUAGAUGAAAAAAGUGAACAAUUAAAAGAAUUUGAAAUGAAUGAAAAUGAAUCGGAAAAAUCGGAAAAAAUUCAGCUAACCGAAUUAUUGAAUGUAUUACGAAAACAAAAAUCUGAAUUAAAACAACAUUGUCGUGAAGAAAAACAACGUUUAGAACAACAAAUCGAAAUGAUUGAUAAACGUCAAUCGAAUAAUGAUCAACGUAAUAAUGAUCGACUAAAAGAAAUUGAUCAAGAAUUAACAAUGUAUAAUGAACGUCAUACGAAUGUUAAAAAAGAUUUAUCAUCAAUCAAUAAAAAAUUGGCUAUUAUACAAAGAAAAUUUGAUGAUAUACCUAAUCGAACCGAAUUGGCACAAUAUCAGAAACGUUUUCUUGAACUUUAUAAUCAAUUAUCAGCAAAACAUAAUGAAACGAAAAAAUUCUAUACCCUAUAUAAUACUCUUUCGGAUGAACGAAUGUAUCUGGAAAAAGAAUUCAAUUUAAUCAAUUCAAUUUUGGAAAAUUUUCAAAAAGCAUCGGUAUCAAAUUUAAUGAUAAAAAAUGAAUUUCUAAUGAAAUUUCAACAAACAAUUGAUUCAAUAAUUGAAAAUAAAGUAAAAGUUGAACAACGAUUACAGAAUGAAAAAGAAAAACGUGAUCAACUUUUAUCCAAAUAUACAGGUCUUAUUGAUGAACAAAGACUUUAUUUUAUUGCUGUAAAAGCUUUUAAAGAGGAAUGUAAAAUAAAUGAACAAUUAAUUGUACAAUUGGAAAAGAUUAACAAAAAAUAA